AUGCCUGGUCUCGUCACAGCAACCGGAGUCCUGGGCUUCCUUUCCGACGAGGAGCCUGAGCUCAAGGUCUUUGCCCUCCAGACUCUCAACGAUGACAUUGACACUGUCUGGACAGAGGUCGCUGGCGCCUUGAGCCAAAUCGAGGCACUCUACGAGGAUGAAUCUUUUCCUGAGCGCCAGCUGGCCGCCCUCGUCCUUGCAAAGGUCUACUACCACCUCCAGGCCUACAACGAGAGCAUGACAUUUGCCCUCGCCGCCGGCCCCCUGUUUAAGCUUGACAACCCUGCCGAGUUCGAGGAGACCAUCAUCUCCAAGUGCAUCGAUCAGUACAUCGCGAUAUCCUCCUCGAGCCAUAUCCCCCAAAAGCAAUCCGUAAGCGACUCUCUGCCAGCCCUCGAGACCACUUUUGGUGCCACCCUCCCCGAUGGAGGCUCCCUGGUCUCCCCGACGACACCCUUCUCUCAGUCUGCGCUCCCUUCCAAGUCGCUGCUCUCGCGAGACUCUGCCGAUAAUGCCAUCCUUGACCCCUCCCUGGGCGCAGGCAAGAUGGGGAGAUCAAGCUCCAUCGCCACACUGCCCGACAAGAGCUCCGAGUUGGCCCUUCAACGUGUCAUCGACCGCUUGUUCGAGGCUUGUCUGAAAGAAGGCCGCUACAGACAGGUGGUCGGCAUCGCCGUCGAAGCUAAGAACCUUUCCAUUCUCCGGAGAGUCAUCAAGCAAGCCAGCGAAGAUGAGAAGCGGUCCAAGGCCAAGUCACAAGACUCCGCACAGGGCCCUGCCGAGGAGUUGAUGGACUACGCCCUGGGUAUCUGCAUGGACAUCGUGCAGGAACGGAGCCUUCGCACCGAGAUACUAGGCCUGAUCCUCGAGCUGCUAAACGAUAUACCGAACCCUGACUACUUUGCGAUCGCCAAAUGUGUCGUCUACCUGGACUCUGAUGAGGAGGCUUCCAGGAUGUUGAAGCAGCUCAUUGAGAAGGGAGACCCCAACUCUGUGGCAAAUGCGUACCAGAUCGCUUUUGACCUCUACGACAACGGUACGCAGGAAUUUCUGGGCAAGAUACUGGAUGCAUUGCCAUCGGGGGCGGCUCAAUCGAAAACGCAGCCGGAGAAGGAGGGUGAACAGCCAGCCGAGAGUCAGCCUCUGCUCAACGACCAGGAGCAAUCCCAGCAUGACGAGCUUCCAGAGGAGGCCGCCAAGGUGUACAGAAACAUACGCGGGAUCUUGGAUGGCAGCAAGGGCAUCAAGCUCAACCUCGAGUUCUUGUACAGGAACAAUCACACCGACCUGAGCAUCCUGAACAAGGUCCGAGACAGCCUCGAAGCUCGCAAUUCCAUCUUCCACACCGCCGUCACUUUCUGCAAUGCGUUCAUGAAUGCAGGUACAACCCACGACAAAUUCUUCCGCGACAACCUUGAGUGGCUCGGUAAGGCCGUCAACUGGUCCAAGUUUACUGCGACCGCCGCCCUUGGUGUCAUACACCGUGGCAACCUGACACAAUCUCGAAAGCUGCUUGAGCCGUACCUCCCGAGACCGACCGGCAUCAACAGCGGCUCCAUCUAUAGUCAGGGCGGUGCGCUGUAUGCCUACGGGCUGAUACAUGCCAACCAUGGCGCCGGCGCGCUUGAAUAUCUCCGCGAUCAGUUCACAGCUGCUGAGCAGGAAGUCAUACAGCAUGGCGGCGCUCUUGGUCUCGGUAUCGCUGGGAUGGCAACGGGCUCAGAGCCGAUCUUCGAGAACCUAAAGGACGUGCUAUUUGCUGACUCGGCCCUCAAUGGCGAGGCUGUCGGCCUGUCUAUGGGCCUGAUCAUGCUUGGAACUGGCAACGCCAACGCACUGCAGGUCAUGUAUACCUAUGCCCACGACACGACCCACGAGAAGAUUGUCCGAGGUUGCGCCAUCGGCAUGGCUCUGAUCAUGUAUGGGCGUCAGGAAGGGGCCGAUGUGAUGAUCGAGGGGCUUCUCAACGACCCUGACCCGACCCUUCGAUACGGUGGUGUUCUCACCAUCGCCAUGGCCUAUUGUGGCACAGGCAGCAACAAGGCAAUUCGCAAGCUCCUGCACACUGCUGUCAGCGACGUCAAUGAUGACGUCCGCCGCAUUGCCGUCAUGUCGCUGGGCUUCAUCCUGUUCCGAAAGCCCGGCAGCGUCCCUCGCAUGGUUGAGCUUCUCUCCGAAUCUUACAACCCUCACGUCCGGUAUGGCUCUGCAAUGGCUCUGGGUAUCUCCUGCGCCGGCACCGGACUGGACGAGGCUAUUGAUCUUCUGGAGCCCAUGAUGAAGGAUCCAACAGAUUUCGUCCGCCAGGGUGCCUUGAUAUCCCUUGCAAUGAUCAUGGUCCAGCAGAACGAGGUCAUGAACCCCAAAGUUGCCUCCAUCCGCAAGACAUUGAAAAAGGUCGUUGGUGACCGUCACGAGGAUGCCAUGACAAAGUUCGGCGCAUCUCUUGCCCUGGGCAUCAUUGACGCUGGAGGUCGCAACUGCUCCAUCGGCUUGCAGACACAAACCGGCAACCUCAACAUGCCAGGUAUAGUUGGAAUGGCUGUCUUUACCCAGUACUGGUACUGGUUCCCCUUCACGCAUUUCUUGUCCCUUGCCUUCGUUCCUACCUCCGUCAUCGGCCUCGACCACGAGCUCGAGAUCCCUAGCUUCAAGUUUCACUGCGCGACGCGCCCGAGUCUCUUCGACUACCCCCCUGAACAGGAGGUCAAGGCUGAAGAAGGCCCUGCACUGGUUACGGCUGCCGUGCUUUCUACAACCGCGCAGGCAAAACGGCGCGCACAGAAGAAGGAGAAGGCCGCUCGUCGUGAGAGCAUGGACAUCGACUCAACACCGACGACGGCCAAGGCCGCCGCCCCCUCCGGAGAGAAAAUGGACAUCGACGACGACAAGAGUAAGAAGCUUUCCGACGAGGCCAAAGACAAGAAGGAGGGUGAGGGCGAGAAGGAGGCGUCUGCCACACCCGACCCCAAGAAGAAGGUUGAGAAGGAGAAGGUUGGGUACGAGAUCGAGAACAUGUCCCGUGUCCUCCCCGGUCAGUUGAAGUACAUUAGCUUCCCGGCUGGGCGGUACAAGCCGGUGAAGAAGCCAACUGGUGGGCCGCUCCUUCUCCAGGACACCCAGCCUGGCGAGCCCAAGGCCCUCGUCGAGGAGAAGCUCAAGAAGGUCGAGACCCAGCGGGCCCCUGUGGCCGGCCAGGCCAGUGGCAGCGGUGCCGGCGGGCUUGGUGGUCUCGGAGGGAGUAGGUCUGGUCGCUCCGCUAUGAUGGGCGAUGGUGACGACGCACUGGCCGAGGCUCUCCGGGCAGCCAUGAGGGACGGCGCCGGAGGCGGUGCAGCGCUGAAUGAGAUGCUGCGUCAGUCGGCCCAGGCACGUGGGCUAGAUCUCUUUGGUGAUGGUGGUAUCGCUGGACCUGGCCAGGGCGGCGCCGCCGCCGCCGCGGGCGUGUUGACGGCUGUAGACGAGGACGAGGAAGGCGCAGAGGAGGCGCAGGUCCCUGGCGAGUUUGACUACUUCACGGAUAAUGAGGAUGAGGAGGAACUGUAA